AUGUCAGGACUUAGGCAUAACUCAUACUACGACAAGAAGCUGGCCCAAUCGCCAGCUCUUGUCCGCGCCCGCCGGCCCUACCUCUUCAAGAACGCCCUUACCGGUCUCGCCCUGGUGGGAAUCACUGCUAGUAUCUACACAUAUACCCUCAUGGCGGUCGGCCAAGACGAUUUCGAAGACGUCAAGGUACCUGAUGUGCCUGUGCAACCUGCGAAGAAAUGA